AUGGAGUGUAUUUGGCACGUCGGACGAGGCAAGUGCCGACUGUGGCGGUAUUUGCUGGGAUUUAGCUGCUUUUUCUUCCAGUUUCACUCUGCAAGUUCCAGCAAACACACUUUGGAGUCUGGUCUUGGACGAAACGUCACCAGUAUCGUCUCCGUAACAAUCGCUGGUAUUAAUUUCGAAGAAGUCGCCAGUCCUUUCAUCAUCACCUGUUUUGUCAUGUUCGCCAUGUUGAGCAAACUUGCAUAUCAUCAUGCCGGGUUUUUAUCUUCCAUCAUCCCAGAAUCAUGCAUUUCCAAAUACAAAACAAACUUGUUUGAGAAUUUUGCUACGAUUGACAGUACUCUCUCUCUCUCAUGCCGAAGACUUCCCGCUUCCCUUUCUUUGCCGACUGUAGACUUCCCUUUCUUUGCCGACAGUAGACUUCCCUUUCUUUGCCGGAGGCUUCCGACCCCGCUCCUUUCCUUUUCUUUGACGGACGGAGGCUUCCCCUCCCCUUCUCCUUUUGUUUUCUUUGCCGGCCGGAGGCUUCCCCUCCCCUUCUCCUUUUGUUUUCUUUGCCCGCCAGGGGCUUCCCCUCCCCUUCUCCUUUUCUUUUCUUUGCCGGCCGGAGGCUUCCCCUCCCCUUCUCCUUUUCUUUUCUUUGCCGGCCGGGCUUCCCUCCCUUCUCCUUUUCUUUUUUUGCCGGCCGGAGGCUUCCCCUCCCUUCUCCUUUUUUUUUUUCUUUGCCGGCCGGAUGCUUCCCCUCCCCUUCUCCUUUUCUUUUUUUUGCCGGCCGGAGGCUUCCCUCUAUUUUUCUUUUCUUUGCCGGCCGGAGGCUUCCCUCUUUUUUUUUUUUCUUUGCCGGCCGGAGGCUCCCCCCUGCUUCCUUUCCCUUUUUUGCCGGCCGGAAGCUCCCCCCUUCCUUUCCCUUUCUUUGCCGGCCGGAAGCUUCCCCUGCUUUUCCCUUUCUUUGCCGGCCGGAGGCUUCCCCUCCCCGCUUCCUUUCCCUUACUUUGCCGGCCGGAGGCUUCCCCCCUCCCGCUUCCUUUCCCUUUCUUUGCCGGCCGGAGGCUCCCCGCCGCUUUCUUUCCCUUUCUUUACCGGCCGGAGGCAUUCCGCCUCGUUCCUGAAUCGAUUUCCCUUCAAAUAUUUCUCGGAAUUGUCAUUGGUGCAAUCAUUUAUUUUUCAGGAUACUCUAGCACAUUUCCAGAUUUUUUCACCCCUCAUGAAUUCUUUGUCUACCUUUUACCUCCAAUCAUCUUGGAAGCGGCUUACAGUUUGAACGACAGUAUUUUCUACGACAACCUCGGCAGUGUGCUCAUCUAUGCUGUCAUUGGCACUUUAUUGAAUUGUUUUCUCAUCGGACUUUCGCUAUGGGGUUUGUCCCUAGCACCAGCUAGUGGAAUAAUGGCGAUUGGCUUCUCAAACAUUCUCGUCUUCACUUCAGUUAUUGUUGCAGUCGAUCCAGUCGCUGUAAGUUUUUUUCUUCGACUUUUUCUCUUUCUUUCUUCUUUCUUUCUCUUUUCUUUUCUUUCUUUUUUCUUUUUUUUUUUUUUUUCUUUUCUCUCUCUUUCUCUUUCUUUUUUUUCUCUUUUCUCUCUUUUUUUUUUUUUUUUUUUUUUUUUCUCUUUUUCUUUUUUCUCUUUUCUUCUCUCUUUUUUGACUUUCUCUUUUUCUCUGUUUCUCUUUUUUUUUCUUUUUCUCUUCUCUAAUAUUUUCUUUCUCAAAUCUUUUCUCUCUUUCUCUCUUUCUUCCUUUCUCUUUUUUCUUUUCUCUCUCUUCUUCUUUCUCUUUUCUCUCUUUUCUCUCUUUUCUUUUUCUUUUUCUCUUCUCUUAAAUUACUUUCUUCUUUUCUUUUUUCUCUCUUUUCUUUCUUUUUUUUUUUUUUUCUCUUUUCUUUCUUUUUCUUUUUUCUCUUUCUCUCUCUUCUUCUUUCUCUUUUCUCUUUUCUCUCUCUCUCUUUUUUUCUUUUUAAGAAAAAAUCUCUUUCUCUUUCUUUUUUUCUUUUUUCUCUUUCUCUCUUUUCUUUCUUUCUCUUUUUUCUCUUCUCUCUCUUUUCUUUUUCUCUUUUCUCUCUUUCUCUCUCUCUUUCUUUCUUUCUCUCUUUCUUUCUCUCUCUCUUUCUUCUUUUUUUUUCUUUUCUCUCUUUCUCUCUCUCUUUUCUUUUUUUCUUUCUUUUCUUUUCUUUCUUUCUCUUUUUUCUUUCUCUUUUUCUCUCUCUCUUUUCUUUUCUUUCUCUUUUCUCUCUCUCUCUCUCUUGUUUUAUUUUUUUUUUUUCUCUCUCUCUCUUUUUCUUUCUUUUUCUUUUCUCUUUUCUUUCUCUUUCUUUCUUUUUUCUCUUUUCUUUCUCUCUCUUUUUUUCUUUUUUUUCUCUUUCUUUCUUUCUCUUUUUUUUUUCUCUUUCUCUUUUUUCUUUUCUCUUUUUUCUUUCUCUCUUUUCUCUUUCUCUUUCUUUCUUUCUCUUUCUCUUUUUCUUUUUCUCUCUCUCUCUCUUAUUUAUUUUUUUUUUUUCUCUCUUUCUUUUUUCUUUUUUCUCUUUCUCUCUCUUCUUUCUUUUUUUUCUCUCUCUUUCUUCUUUUUUUUCUUUUUUUCUCUCUCUCUUUUCUCUUUUCUUUUCUUUUUUCUCUCUUUCUUUCUUUUUUUUUUCUCUCUCUCUUUCUUCUUUCUUUCUUUUUUCUUUCUCUCUUUCUCUUGUUUUCUCUUUUUUUUCUUUCUCUCUUUUCUUUUUUUUCUCUUUUCUCUCUCUCUUUUCUCUUUCUCUUUCUCUCUCUCUCUUCUUUCUUUUCUCUUUCUCUCUCUUCUUUCUUUCUCUUUUCUCUCUCUCUCUCUCUCUUUUCUUUCUCUUUUCUCUCUCUCUUCUCUUCUUUCUCUUUUCUCUCUCUCUUUUUUCUUUCUCUUUUCUCUCUCUCUUUUCUGACUUUCUCUUUUCUCUCUCUCUCUUCUCUCUUCUCUCUUUUUCUCUCUCUCUUUGACUUUCUCUUUCUCUCUCUCUCUUCUUUUUUCUCUUUUUCUCUCUCUCUCUUCUUUCUUUCUCUUUUUCUCUCUCUCUCUUAUUCUUUCUCUUUUUCUCUCUCUCUCUUCUUUCUUUCUCUUUUCUCUCUCUCUCUUCUGGCUUUCUCUUUUCUCUCUCUCUUCUGA